AUGCGGUUACAGAGAGUGCUCUUUUUCAUCUUCCUCAUCAUCUAUGUCUUCAGUCUCUCAGCGAACAUCACCCUGAUUUCUCUGAUCUGUGCUGAUUCUCGGCUAUACACACCAAUGUAUUUCUUCAUUGGAAACCUGCCAUUCCUGGAUCUCUGGUUUUCUUCUGCUAAUGUGCCCAAAAUCCUGAUGACCUGCAUCUCUGAUGACAAAAGCAUCUCCUUUGCUGGCUACCUAGCUCAGUUCUUCUUCUCAGCUGGACUGGCUGAUAGUGAAUCUUACCUGUUGGCUGCCAUGGCUUAUGAUCGCUAUGUGGCCAUCUCUGACCCGCUGCUUUAUUCCCAGGCUAUGUCUGCAAGGUUAUGUUCCAGUCUUUUUGCAACCUCAUACAUUGCUGGCUUUCUUAAUUCAACCAUCAUCACUAGCGAGACAUUUACCCUGAGCUUUUGUGGCAACAACAUCAUUGAUGAUUUUUUCUGUGCUCUGCCUCCCCUUGUAAAUUUGGCCUGUGAUGUGAAGAAGGGCUACCAGGCUGUGCUCUAUUUCAUACUUGUCUCCAAUGUCAUCACCCCUGCCAUGCUUAUUCUUGCCUCCUACCUCUUCACUAUUGCUGCCAUCUUGAAGAUCCACUCCACCCAAGGCCACCUCAAGGCCUUCUCCACUUCUGCUCUCACUUGA